AUGAGAGCACGUGGUAGGAAAGGCGCGUUGGUUCGCAAUAAAGUGGACGCAAGAGCAUCUGUUAAGAUAAAUGAAUCCGAAGCCGGUAUUGGUAUUUAUAAAGGUGAAUUCGCGUAUUUCAGGACACUGACAGGGUGUGUGUGUGGAACCACAGCAACCAAACAGCAAAUUACAUCGGAGGAAAAAUUCAACGAUAAAACAGGAAUUUAUAUAGAUAAAAAUGGAAAAUGGUCAGAUCAAUUACCAUCUGUUUGCUGGGUUCUUCUGGACCUUCGAGCAAUUUGCCUUUAUUUGCUAUGGGGGUUACAUCGCGGCUUGGAUCAAUCUGACUUAGUAGAUGUAACACACAAAGCCGCAAAAAACACAAUAAAAUCUUUCAGAGCGAUAUAUGAGCAAUUUUUAAGUAUCUUUUAUCAGGGAUUCCGUCCAGGGUCCUAUUUAUACAUUUAA